UGAGGUCCUGCCCAGUUGACUUUCCCUCUCUGAUGUGUGUUUACAAAGUUGUGUAGAUUGCGGUGAAUGUUGCGCAAAACAUCUUGAAGGUUCUGCCUUCAUGAUGCGCUGUACACCUGUGAUGAGUCGACACCUGUGCUGGCCAGCCGGGAGGGGACGAGGUACGCCACACACCCUUUAUAACGACUCUGUUGAGUAGUUGUAACUGCUUUAUUUAGUUUUGUGUUACAAGAAAAUGCAGUGUAUGUUGUAUGAUGCAUCGCGGUAAAGUCAGAAAACUGUGAACAAAACCCCAACACUGAGCAGGUGUCAUGAAGUAGGUGGAGGUGAAGUGUUGUGGCGGGACACCUGCACCAACACCUGUAGCCUGGAGGAAACAACGACGUAGAUAACGUGUGGACGUACGGCGGUCACCGAGGGGAGAGAGCCACACACCGCCGCAACUUCACCACACUAACUACAACCUCUGCUGGUUCCCUGGAGCCUUCAAAUCCUUUGUUUAUUUCCACGGAAAGUAAGUCUCGAGCCUCAAGACCGCCAGCCAUUGUUGUGUCUACGUACAAGGAAAUUUAAACACUCAACACACCUUUUUCACUCGCGUGCCUUCCUGAGGUGGUCCUGCAGGAAGGGUCUCAGCGUGAGGUCGGUCACAGACAAGAGGUACGCCUUGUGUCACUUGAAAGGCUUGUUGACGCUGGUGUGAUCAUCACCCCUGACGACCGUCUCAAGCAAGCUGAAGUGAGGCAAUCGUCGCCACUACACCUCGGGAAUUCAAUCUGGCUCUCCUCCUCACGCUCUCAGCCCAGAGUAAACACGUCAGAAAGUUUACCGAGCUGAAAUUGAACUCCACUCAUCGAAAACACAAUCGAUCUGGGUCUUUGACAAGUUCCCCUCGAAGGACACGAGUUCAUCACCAGACUGAGUUGGAAUCAGUCCAGACCAGUGACGAGGACCUACGACAAGACGAACGUAGAUCACUAAACUAAACAAGAGUUGAGGAGAUUCGGUACGAAUCUUGAAGAAGAUGGCGACCCUGGUAGAAACCCCAAGAGGCAUCAGCCCGGUGGGGCCUCAAGACAUGGAUGAAGUGAAGGUGGUGCCUCCGUCCUUCCACCAGCUGGCUGAAGACUGGAACAAGUACUUCGUGGAGGUGGGCGACUGGCUUGUCAGUGCCACGGAGGGCGCCGACAGUAACCCCCCCAGUGAAGGAGAGGAAGAACCCGAGGCCAAGGCUGGAUUCGCCUCAGCCAUGAACGACGCGACCAAAGCCUGGGAAGCGUUGAGCGACUAUGGCAAGAUACUGGAGCACAAGGUCACUGUUGGCUGGUCAGAGGUCACCAGUGGCUCACCAGGUAACGAUUGUCUUGCCGAAGCUCCCUCCCUCGGUUCGCACCCAACUAACAAUCAUCUCCGCUUCCAAUCAUUUGUUUGUUUUUUGUUACUAAUCACCACCCACUUUGCGUUCUCUCUGGCGGGUGUGUUUUCUGAAUUGAAUUGA